CCGGUUGUGCGCAAUAACACACAAAGAAGUGUCUUUGUGAGAGUAAAAUCGAUCUUGUCUCUAAUUGUAAGUCUGAUUCUCCUUGGUGGGGACGCUUAUAAGAGGAAUUCUGCGAGCAAAACCGCAAAUAUUGCGCAGCAUUGCUCGGAAUUGGUCGUAUCUUUUCGUGACAGCUCUUGAGAUUCAUUCAAACUGUCUGCAUUUGUAUAGUGACGAGCAACAAGCGAGAACCGGCAUCUCUGAUAUUUAUAGAAAAUGGUUUUGAACGCACCCAAGUUGAAAUUUUACAACGGCAACGAAGUACCAAUUUUCGGUUUGGGGACCUGGAAGUCUAAACCAGGCGAAGUUACCCAAGCUGUAAAAGAUGCUAUUGAUAUCGGCUACAGACAUAUUGAUUGCGCUCAUGUUUAUGGAAACGAGAAGGAAGUUGGCAUUGCUGUCAAUGCAAAAAUAGCAGAGGGUGUGGUGAAGAGAGAGGAUUUGUUCAUUACCAGCAAGUUGUGGAAUACUUUCCACAGACCCGAUCUGGUUGAGCCAGCCAUCAAGCAAUCGCUGACUGAUUUUGGUCUUGAUUACAUAGAUCUUUAUUUAAUCCACUGGCCAGUCGGAUAUAAAGAGGGCGGGCCCCUUUUUCCUACAACUCCUGAAGGUGCUGUUAUCCUGAGUGAUGUAGAUUAUAUCGAUACUUGGAAGGCUAUGGAGGAUGUGCUAGCUAAGGGUUUGACGAAAAACAUUGGAGUCAGUAAUUUUAAUUCCGAGCAAAUUACCAGGCUACUCAAGAAUGCAUCAGUUAAACCUGUUGCAAAUCAGGUUGAAUGUCAUCCAUACCUAACACAGAGGAAGUUAUCAAAUUUUUGCAAAGAAAAAGGCAUUCUCAUUACUGCAUACAGUCCACUUGGAUCACCAGACAGACCAUGGGCCAAGCCAGACGAUCCAAAAUUGCUGGAAGAUAAGAAAUUAAAUGAGCUUGGACAAAAAUACAAUAAGACACCUGCGCAAAUACUUAUACGUUAUCAAUUGGAUUGUGGCCAUAUUGUGAUUCCCAAGUCAGUCAACAAGUCACGUAUUGCUGAAAACAGUGAAGUAUUCGACUUUAAACUUUCAUCCGAUGAUAUUACAUAUAUUGACAGCUUUGAUUGCAAUGGACGAAUUUGUCCAUUACUUGGCGCAUACGACAGUCCUUAUUAUCCUUUUAACAUUCCGUUUUAAGAGAGCAAGUGAAAAUUAGAAAUCGAUAUGCUAUAUCUGUUUCAUUACAUUUUUUUACAUUAAAACAUAUUUUCUAUUGGUAGUACUAUUGCUUUUUAUGUGCCACACACAUGUUUAUGAUUAUUUCACAUGAUAUAUUAUUUAUAAUAUGUAAUUUUUUUGUUUAUAAAUGCAUAUCGAAAACUAAUAAACUAAUAAACAAUGUCAUUAUUUUGCAAAAAUAUAUACAAAUCUUUUCUAUAAAUGUUUUGUAAUUGUGUGCAAAACUUAUACAUGUAAUUGUGUGUUAAAAUAAAGAUAUUUUUUCACAGUAUA